GAGCCAAGCCAAUACAAUUCAGCAUCGGAUUUCGGCUGCAUCCGGUCCUAAUCUCAUCCGCUGCAGUGACUAGUCCACGUUAUAACACUGACUUUUUUUGAUCACAUCUAGGUAUAACCCACGCCAGAACGCGCUGCCGUGUCGCGACCAAAAAAACAUUCCAUUCGCCAUCAUAAUCCUGUGUACUCCAUAUGACAAAUUCUACACCGGAAGCCAAACCUGCACGCAUACCAAAGCUAAGCUCGUCGGUGCACGACAUCAACGCUGAGAAACCACCCUUUGGAUCAGGAUUUCUUACUCAAGACUCUGAUGUCUGGGCCCAGAAUGCUUGGGACCAUGUUCCACCCCCUGAAGAUCAAACUGAAACGAUCACUGCAUCACUAGCGAGGCAACGUCUUGUUCCAGUACCAGACAAUGAUAAGAAGACUUAUAAUGAGAAGCCCGCAAAGUUCUGGGAUAAUUUUUACAAGACGAAUGCCGACAACUUCUUCAGAAAUAGAAAAUGGCUGCAUCUUGAAUUUCCAGAACUCCUAGCAGCAGCAGAACCAGAUGCAGGGAACAUAACCAUUUGCGAAAUAGGAUGCGGCGCCGGAAACGCAGCAUUUCCACUUCUAAUGGCAAACAAAAAUCCAAAUCUUAUCAUCCGUGCCUACGAUUACUCAAUUCAUGCAGUCAAAUUAGUACAGGUAUGCACACACUGUGGGAAGUAAAAACACUGGAAAUCGGUGUCUAGAAUACUGAAAAUCAGGGUUCAAAAUACUGACUUUCAGGCUUUUGUAUCUUUCAACCGCAGUUAACGUCGGAGCCAGAAGAUAGGAUGGGCUAGAUUUCAGUGUCUAGAACUUUGAAAGUGAUAUUUUUCAGUGUCAUAAAUCCUGAACUGAGAUUGACGGCACACUGAAAAGCACUUGAUAGAACACUG